AAUCCUACCAGACCUAUUGCUCUGCGAAGACUCUGAUUCAGGUUGGCAGCAUCCUACAUGAUACUAGGAGUACUCUGCCGUUGGUUACAUAAGACAUGCUCAAAGGGAUUGCGUCCGUAGCACAGGUCUUCUAGCUACCGCUAUCGUUUAGCCUCCACAACCUAAAACCCCUCUGCAUACUAUAAGUAUGAUUUCUGCUAAGCAAAAUGCCACCAUAUCGAGGAGUCAGCAGACAGGCGGAGCGAUCUUCAGUAUGUUAUCAUCGGCACAGAGGCAAGAUGACGGGUAUCCAUAAUAUAUCAUCAUGGAUCAAUGGAACGUUUUCCACGAGAACCGGAGUUUGAAUUCUGCAUCUCUUUUAUAGCCCAAGAUCCCAGGUAUCGAGAAGGUCAUUCGGAAAUCUGGUUGACUACCAUGAGUACACGUUCAAGGACUUUUUAGCAGCCGCGAAAUUCUGGAUUUGAUGACGCCCUUCGUGAUCCCUAUCGAACUACUCGAAGACAUUGUGGACGCUGUCAAACAUCAAACCGAACACACACCUACGCUCAACAACCUCUCUUUGACAUGCCGAGGGUUGCUCUAUAGGAGUCGCAGUUACACUUUCCGUGUCGUGAAAAUCAGAAAUGCCUCUAGACUGAACUUGCUGAUUGAGCUUCUGCAGGCCAACCCGAACUUGUCGUGCUUUAUUCGUAUAUUGGAGGUGCACGAAGAGGUUCCUCGUACCCUCUUCACACGUUUACUGAUUGGACGGUGGCCAAACUUGCUGUAUUUGCAACUGUAUUCCGACGCCGUUCUAUAUGACCCGCAAUUUGCCACUUCCCUUCGUGCCGGAUUUUCCUCAAUCAAGAUCCUCUCACUUUCAGUUGAUUUACCUGCGGACAAACUACUGCAAGUCCUAGAAUGUCUUCCUAACUUGCGUUGUCUUCGAAUGGACAACGCGACAUGUUAUGGACCAAUAGGAAUUCCAACGAUUCAAAUGUGUCUGCCCACGUUGGCGUGUUUGCAGUAUAUUGUUCAAAGCUCCGAGAGCGCUUUGGAAGGCUGGCGAUACAUUUCGGGAUGGAUUCUCGAAAGCCCCUCGUCCCUUAUGCAUCUCAAGGUACUACAGCUCUCGAUCCAUGACAACUGGAAUGACAGGGAGGCCGACUUGCCAUCCGUAUCUGCCCUUCUUGAAGCAUGUGGAAGUUCUUUGGAAGAACUAUGGUUAUCAUGCCGGCACAAUCGUCGUGAAGAGAGUCCCGCUCCGGAUCUUUCUGUCUUGGGUUCUAUAUCCCUCUGCCACAACAUUGACCUUCGAAGGCUCUCCCUCCAACUCGACUUUCAUGGCCAACGAAAUAUGACGGGUCUUUUUGAAUGUCUUUCCUCUGUGAAGUCGCCUGUCCUUGAACAUCUUCACAUUCAGAUUGACGUAGUAUCUACCGUUGGCGGCGUUGGUCUUGACUUAUGGAAAGAGCUGGAUGAUAUGUUGAACGGUCCCCACUUCCCGAGCCUGACCUCGGUCAAUAUUCGUCAUUUCUCUCGGGACGAGGAGACACUUCGCUCUUACCUUCCGUCGCUCCAGUCGCGUGGCAUUCUAACAAUCGACCAAGUACACGAGACACCUGUCAAUCGAUGGAUUCGUCUGAAUGGUGGUUCUAAGUGAUGCCGAUUGACAGAGAAUUUUAGCAAUCUAGCGAUGUUGAAUGAAGCCUUACCUAUAGGUCCCCGUUGUGAUGUUCAUUGUUUAACCCUCUACAACGCUCCCUGACAUAUCACAAUGACAAAGUUGUUAGAUCUGUGUAUCACCAAACUCGUAUUGCAAACUCAGUUGCGUACGGACUAUACAGGCUAAGAGACAUUAGGUUAU